AUGUAUCAGAGUAUAUCAAACUGUUUGGGGUUUCGGGGAUGCUACAAAAAAGGCCCAAUUGUUAUUGUUUUUGCACCAAUCAGACAAAAAUACUUUGUUGUUCGAUGCAAAGUGUCGAGCCGCGUGACGGCGCCGUGGGACUGGUCCUGGUGGAGGCGGGGUAUGGGUGCCUCCCAACGCCUCCAGAAGAUCGCACAACUCGAGGUGUCGUUUGGCGGUGACCCCGAGGCCUCCGGCUACAAGGACAUCUUUUACCUUUUCACGGCCGUCGCCAUCCUGACGAAGAGCGGGAAUCGCGACAGGAUUACGAGUUGGCGUACAAGGAGGUGGUACCUGAGGGCUGGCUCUCCUUCAGGCUCGAGGUGGCGCCUGACUACCGGCUGUACAGGAAGGCGAAGGAUGGCACUCAAGUCCUGCUUUCGAGAGAUCGCUGCCCUUCCCGUGCAAGAGGUCGUUAUUUCCGGGAGCAACAUUACCCUCGGAUGUGACGCAGAUUGGUACGCCUGGCGCGUGGACGGCGAGAGCGUUGUGGUGCCCCUGACUCCUGGAGGGAACCAGCUUGUGGCCGUAUAUUCCAAUAGCCAUUUUACGCCCACGCUCGUCCUCGGGAGUCUAAACGUCACGCUGACGGCGGAGCAGAAGAACGCUCGCGACGUGGACGACGGGAAGGCUUUACCUCCUUACAUGAGUCAUGAGUUCACUAUCGAAUGCUCCGUCGCGUCGGCGGGGGUCGGGGAUGGCGUCGUCUGCGGGGUUAAGAGGGAGGGCGAAGUAUUCCAGCGGCUGAAGAUGCCAACCUUGCCGGCCACAGUGACACUGGAAGGCUCAGGGCAACCACAGUAUUUCUUCCUUCAGCAACCCGAGCCCCUCUUGGUGGUGCAUCCCCCUUCCACCACCCGCCCGGUUUCCCCGAGGCCGCCACAUCCUAGCACCACGCCGAUGUCAGUUGCGCCCGCCGUGGGCUGGAGUGGCUGGUGGGCGGCGCUGGCAGUCAUCCUCGCCAUCCUGCUGGGCUUCGUUGUCGUCAUGUGCGUGAUCUCUCACUACCAUCGACCCAAGAUCCAGUUACCGCUGCGCCUGUGGAACGCUGUGGCAUCAGGUGAGCAGGAGGAGGUGGAGCAGGUCCUCGUGACCCUGGCGCCAGACCCCGAGAAAGCCCUCGAGGGCUGGACGACCUCGCCCUACGAAGAAGCGCACCACCGAGGACACUAUUACGUGCUGAGGACACUCGAGGAGUUCAUGGGGAAGGAGCCCGAAGUUCCUCAAAGUGAUUUGAUUCUCAGUGUCAUGCAGACACACACCCGCAAUGUGGAGGCAGUGUUUGAGGCGGCGCGCGGAGGCCAGUAUCGGUACGGGGGCGGCGUGGACGUCCUCUUGCGGGCGCACAGUCUCCCAGGCACGCUGCAGGACCAGUUCGGAUAUUCUCUUCUCCACUACGCCGCCUCCGUCAAACUGGCAGACGGAGGUCCCCUGUGGCUGGCGACCGACAUCCGAAGUCUCGUCGAAAGCCAUCAGGUCUUCGUGAAUGCCGUCGAUUAUAAGGGCCGCACCGCCCUUCACGCCCUCGCCGAAGCCGCCAGCACGAGCGAGCGCAACACCUGCUGGGACGGCAAGGCGCUGAGCGUGAGCCAGGCGUGGGUCAGCAUGGCGGCCCUGGUGCUGAAGCUCGGCUGCGACCCGCGUCUCCCAGACCGCCACAGCCACCACCCGGAUCAGCUGGCUAGAGCGGCAGGGAACCAUAUACUGGCGGAGGAACUGGCCAAGGCUUCGCAGCGCCUAGGCGCCAUCGACUCGACGGAGAAGUUGUGUCAGUUUAAGGACCUAGCGAAGGCGGCCAAGUACGGCGACGUGCACACCAUGCAGAGUCUGCUGAUGGAGGUCGUGCCCGUGCUGCCCCUCGGCGCCCGCUCCGACCCACUCCUGGAGGCCGUGCAGGGAGGGCACAGGGACGCCGUGUUUCUCCUGUUCAGUGCCGGUGCCCCUCUCUGCGCGCAGGGCCUCGUGGGCAACACACCUUUCGAGGUCGCUCACAGCACCAAGGGGCUGCCGGCGCUCUUCCCGGCUCUCGUCAGGAAGGCUUUCAGCGAUAGACUGCAAGUAGAAAUAUCGCAGCUUGCGUGCUCGGACAAAGACGAAGUCGAUCUUAAGAACGGCCUGGAUACCUUGAAGACCAUUGCCGAAAAUUCGGGCCACAGGCUGGAGGAGGAGCUGAGGACCUGGUUCCACAACAGCAGCUCCCUCAACUACACGAAGUUGUUGGCGAAGGCGGCCGGCAUGGGGCUCACCCUCACCUGCCAGCUGCUGGGCGUGGCAGGGGUGCGCCUCAACGCCCUCCCCGGAGAAGUUCCUCCCCUGGAGCUUGCCCUGAGGCGGCGCCACCACGACACCGCCUACGCUCUGUGUCGGGACCUGAGGAUGAACCCCUACGCCACGAAAUGCGAGGCGACGGACGUUUCUCAGCGGCUCGUCAGCGAUCUCCUGGACAGCGAACUCAUUCGCUUCGAGAGGAAACUGCAGAAAACUGGUAUUGAUAAGAUGACUUCCGAAAGCCUGAUGACGUAUGCAAGGAGUGUGAGAGAGAAGCAGCAACUCCGGGAACCAACGAGGACCUUCCUCUAUCUGCUGGCGGAACUGAGCCUCAUUACGAUUCUGCACCGGAUGCGGAAACUGUGCCCAAAUUUAUGUAUAGAUACUUUAGUGCACGAGGGAGUAGGAGCUACCAUGCUGCAUGUGGCUGCUGCAUACGGUAAGACGAACAUGGUUGAAUAUCUACUCUUCCAAGGGGCCAGUCAUGCAAUUAGGACCUACGCUGGGCUUACCCCAGUCCACUUGGCAGCCACACGAGGCUACAAAGAAUGCAUGGAAUACAUCGUGAAUUACACGGGCGAAGAGCCUGACCUAAACCAUGGCCUGAGUCCGAACGAUGUUUUUCAAGACUUUGCUGAAAACAUAAAGAACUGUCAUCUAGAUGUGCUGUCGAAGGAAGAGGCGACAGCGAUUGCAAGCGCGAAUGGGAAUCAUUUGAGGGCGAAGCUCAUGCUAGCAAAGCGGUGCGAAGUUCUGGGAAUCAGAAAUGUGCAGGACAUUCAGGAGAUUAUCGAAAAAGAACAGAAAAUCAUUGAAAGCAUGAAUUUCUCAGAGAUCAAGAGUAUAAUUGAAAAAGAUUUGAAUGUGUUUUUAAAGGAGAUAACUCAAAUAGAUCCGCGUUUUACGGGUAAACUUGUAUCGUUUUGCUCAACCAGUGAAAAGAACGAAUUUUUCUUGCCAGAUGAUUUUGAGUUCUACAUUGAGCUUGAGGAUUACCACGCCCUCCAAGGGGGAUGCAUAACAGUUAGCGAUAGGGCUGGGAAGGAGGCCAAAGACUGUGAAGAAGUUUUCCGCUUGACAUCAACUCGAGACGAAGACCUCUUUGAGGUCUCAAGAUUCAAAGAUUCCUUUUACAAAGCUGCCCAAGAAGCUCUCAGCAAGACAGCAUUCAAAAACCUUGCUUUAGUGCCGCCGUUCUUCACGCAUUCAUUAGUAGGGGUUUCGCUGUUUGCUCUGUAUUUAGGCAAACCUAGAGCCACUCUGGUGCGUGUGUCUGUUACCCCCGUCGUUAAGGCGCCGGUGCCCCACGAGCACCAGUGGCAGCACCUGCCAGAGAGGUUGCAAAACCCUCAGAGCGAGAAGGGUCACGAACACCUUGCGAACACUGCGGAAGGGGCAUGGAUCUAUCUGUUUAAUUUUAUGCACGAACAUAUUAUAUCUUCUCUGAGGAAGGAAGAGCUGAUAGUCUUGCAAACGUGCGUGUUCUUCUGCAAACUCCUUAAGGCCUACUGGUGGCUGCCGAAACGCGAACAGCGACGUUAUGGUUGUGUGUGGCAGACAUCUCCUUUGGGCGUCGACGUGCCAAGCCCCCGGACUCUGAUCACCCUCUUCUUGGCGGAGCUAAUGGAGGAGGGAGAAGAGGUCCUGAGAAAGGAGGUCUUCGUCGAGAAGGUGAUCUCGGUCUUGCGGAGAGCACCCAAGCCAGAGAAGUUCUCAGGGUCCUUUAAGUCGUCACAACGAAGGCAUCCGAUCGUUGUCGGAGAAGUCCGUGCCAUAAUGCUCUUCUUGAAGGGCAUACAGUGAGCACCAGGUGACACGAGUCAAAUCAUGAACGACAUUUGACAGGCUGUGUCGUGAAAACAUUGCAAGCUGGAAAACGUUGGUUGUAGAAAAGGUGUCCAAAUACAUAGGCUUUGAAGUUUUCAAGAAUGCCAGCAAUGUUACCCGGCCUAUAUUUGUGAAAAUAAUCACACUCGUAUUAAAAGACUGGAAGAGAACAUCAUUAUAGUUGGUAAAAUAUUUUUUAAUUAUGAAUCACAGCUACCCAAACCAGAGGUGAUAAGUCAUUGUUUGAAAUUCUUCAAUAAGAGAAAUCACAACAUUGUGUGCUAUAUCUCUUAUUUCUGAAUUGUCAUGUCCAUGUCCCUUAAUCUUAUUUUCUAGUCAUAAGUGAAUUUCCCAAUGCUCAAAUUAUAGUAUAAAUGCCAAAUACAUACCCACGCUA